CCAUCGUUGGCGUAGUAGCGCUCGCAGCGUACACAUAAAUACACAGUAGAAAGUGCCACCAACAAUUAACCUCUUAAUUAAAAAGCUAAGCGUAAAAAAAUUCGCCAGUGUUAGUGUUAAGUACCCUCCGCCAUGUUUGACGUUUUCGGCUCCGUCAAGGGGCUUUUGAAGAUCGAUGUGGUGUGUAUCGACAACAAUGUCUUCCGUUUGCACUACAAAGCGACCGUUAUCAUCCUCAUAGCCUUCUCGUUGUUGGUGACGAGUCGGCAGUACAUCGGGGACCCCAUCGACUGCAUCGUCGAUGAGAUACCCCUAAAUGUGAUGGACACCUACUGUUGGAUCUACUCCACAUUCACCAUUCCUAACAGAUUAACCGGGAGAGUAGGUCUGGAUAUAGUCCAACCAGGGGUCGCCAGCCAUGUGGAUGGUACCGAUGAGGUCAAGUACCACAAGUACUACCAAUGGGUGUGUUUCGCGCUGUUCUUCCAAGCGAUGCUCUUCUACGUCCCGAGGUACUUGUGGAAGACUUGGGAAGGGGGUCGGAUUAAGAUGUUAGUACUCGAUUUGAACUACCCCAUCGUGAGUGAGGACUGCAAAACCGACCGGAAACGUCUACUUGUCGAUUACUUCAUCACGAAUUUGCACAUGCAAAACUUUUACGCUUUUCGCUUUUUCAUUUGCGAAGUCCUAAAUUUUGUAAAUGUGGUCGGCCAAAUCUUCUUCAUGGACUACUUCCUCGACGGGGAGUUUAGUACGUAUGGACGCGACGUUCUCAGUUUCACUGAAAUGGAACCCGAGGAACGUGAAGACCCAAUGUCACGCGUGUUUCCUAAAGUCACUAAAUGUACUUUCCACAAAUACGGUCCUUCCGGCUCAGUCCAGAAGUUCGAUGGACUUUGUGUCCUACCCUUGAAUAUUGUUAAUGAAAAAAUUUACGUUUUUCUCUGGUUUUGGUUCGUGUUUUUGAGCGUACUUUCGGGGCUGUCUUUGAUCUACCGAUUGGUAGUCAUUUUCAUGCCCAAAGUCCGGUUGUACUUGUUGAGGGGUAAAUGCAAGAUCGCUCCGCAGAAGGAAGUGGAAAUUAUCAAUACGCGAUGUGAGAUCGGUGAUUGGUACGUCCUGUACCAGAUGGGCAAGAACAUCGACCCGUUGAUCUUCAGGGAGAUCAUUUCGGACCUUUCGAAGAAGCUCGAAGGGAAAGAGACUGUCUAAGUGCCUUAUGAACAGUAAUUUUUGAUGACCGAUUUACCUGCUGCACAAGGUGACUCAACAACAUUCCUGUGAUGACAGAAAAAGACUGUGCGACGGCCGAAAAGGCUGUGAUAUUAUCAUUUCUUCGCUUUUAAGCUCAAGCAUUCCCGAUACUCUUUCGCAAUAAUUAAAUCAAUCAAGAAGCCAGAGACGUUUUCGCUGGCUGUGCCGGAUUUUUGAUGCAAGUGCAGCGGGCGAAAUCGCAUUCUCUGUGAUAAAUCUCUAUUGCUCUGUUUUAUAUCACUUAGCGUGUAAUUAUUAAUUAAUCGAAUAAUUUAAAUCGUAUGUGAUUUAGGAUUAGGUUUAGGUUCCAUACAUGUGUGAACAGUUCCAGCGAAAAUUAUCAUGUGUUCAAAUUAUUGUAUAAAUACACCGAAAGUGCCUAAUUUUUUUAUUUGUAUGGAAUUGACGAAAUAAAUUAGCUAUUUUAAAUUA